AUGGGCUGCACCCUGAGCGCGGAGGACAAGGCGGCGGCCGAACGGAGUAAGAUGAUCGACCGGAAUCUCCGAGAAGACGGAGAAAAAGCUGCCCGGGAAGUCAAACUCCUACUCCUGGGAGCUGGUGAAUCCGGAAAAAGCACAAUUGUCAAACAAAUGAAAAUUAUCCACGAAGCUGGAUAUUCCGAAGAAGAAUGUAAACAGUAUAAAGCAGUUGUCUACAGUAAUACAAUCCAGUCCAUCAUUGCUAUCAUAAGAGCUAUGGGUAGACUGAAAAUAGAUUUUGGAGAUUCAGCCAGAGCUGACGAUGCACGCCUACUCUUUGUCCUUGCUGGAGCAACUGAAGAAGGUUUUAUGACGGGAGAACUUGCUGGGGUGAUCAAAAGAUUGUGGAAAGAUCCUGGAGUCAACCGAUGUUUCAACCGAUCGAGAGAAUAUCAGCUUAAUGACUCAGCCGCAUACUAUUUGAAUGAUUUGGACAGAAUAGCCCACACCGGUUAUAUCCCAACACAGCAAGAUGUCCUCAGGACCAGAGUGAAAACAACAGGAAUAGUGGAAACUCAUUUUACUUUCAAAGAUCUCCAUUUUAAGAUGUUUGAUGUCGGAGGCCAAAGAUCAGAAAGGAAGAAAUGGAUUCACUGCUUUGAGGGGGUUACCGCUAUAAUUUUUUGUGUGGCACUUAGUGAUUAUGACUUGGUCCUUGCAGAAGAUGAAGAAAUGAAUAGGAUGCAUGAAAGCAUGAAAUUGUUUGAUAGCAUUUGCAACAACAAGUGGUUUACCGACACCUCUAUCAUCCUGUUCCUAAACAAAAAGGAUCUCUUUGAAGAAAAAAUUAAAAGGAGUCCUCUCACUAUUUGUUAUCCAGAAUAUCCAGGAUCAAACACAUAUGAAGAAGCAGCUGCGUACAUCCAGUGUCAGUUUGAAGACCUGAACAAGAGAAAAGACACGAAAGAAAUCUACACCCACUUCACCUGUGCCACCGAUACCAAGAAUGUUCAAUUUGUCUUCGAUGCAGUCACUGACGUUAUCAUAAAGAAUAAUUUGAAAGACUGUGGUUUAUUCUAA